UGACCUGUGGUGAAUUAGUUGCAAUGACAACAAGCACGCUGUGAUCAGAGUGGUACAACUUGAAGUUAUCUCUGAAAGAAUUCUGAGGGAAAUCAACCACAGCAAUGCCAGGCAAAGGAAAGAAGAAAGGCAAGGGGAAAGGGAAGAAGAAGAAGAAGUUAAAGGGCAUGGGAGAAACGCCCGGCGACAUUGUGAAGAGACUCUAUCGAAUUUAUCUCAACAACUGUGAAAACAAGAAAUCGAUCGUCUGUCCGAGCCUGAAAAAUUUCAUGAAGAGCUGUUACGAGGACAAUAAACUCAUCGUCAAGUUUAUUUUAGAACCUGUGGCCGACUACCAAGAUCCUGAAAUCAGUAACGUCAAGUUGGAGCCGCUGGUCAUGUCGCUCCGACAAGAACGAUACAAGUACAUUAAGGAGCUGCACGUCUGGGAUAUACCCCUGAAGCACGAGCAUCUGGCCUCGCUGGCUUUGAUGUUAGACAAAGGUGUGUAUCCAUUGACUCGGUUGGAGCUCAUCGAUUGUGACAUCGAUGCAUAUGCAGUGGAAAGACUCAUGAAAUGCAUGCCGAUGACAAUAAUAAGCACACUGGCUUUCGACUACAAUGAAUUUGGUGAUGAAGGCCUCCGAGGAAUCUGUAAAGGCCUCAAAAACAAUCGCCUGUUGCUGAGUUUGAGUCUCUGCUACUGUGAUCUAGGAGUAGAGGCAGGCUCCAUGCUAGGAGACAUAGUCUCAACAACUGCGCUGAGAGAUAUCUACCUGAAUGGCAACAAUCUGGAGGCUGAGGGCGCUAUUGAACUGAUCAAGCUAGCGGCUGAUCAUGCAGAGAUGGAGACUUAUGAACGGAACGAGGGGGCACGUCUGAAAGCUGAAGAAGAGGCCCAGGCAUUGCUGUUGGAGAAAGAACGAGGGAGAAUGCCAACAGCGAUGUCAUCAGAGGAGCCUGCCAAGAAGCCAGAUUCAGCCAAGAGCAGCAAAGCAGGGUCUGGAAAGAAAAAGAAGAAAAAAGGCAAGAAGAAGAAGAAGACAAAAGCUCCACCUGAACCCCCUCCUGUCGGUCCCUGGAUACACAAACUGCACCUUGAAGAUAACGGUAUUGAUAGCUACGGGCGUGGCUCUACAUAUGCACCUGUUAUCGUUACCAGGCUUCUGAGACAACUGAUCCAGCAUUCCAGUUGCCUUCAGGAGUUGGACAUCGACGACAAUCUGAUCGGUGAUCUGGGAGGCAGAGAGAUCCUCGAGGCGUUGAACAACAGGAAGGAGGCGGGACAUCCCUCCAUGAAAAUGAGCGUCACGCAUCGCAUGAACUCGGAGACGUUUGCCGCUAUCACGAAACUCGGAGCAGGGCUCAAGAAGAAAGGGAAGAAAAAAGGCAAGAAAAAGAAAAAGAAGAAAUGAACUUGCCGUGGCAUCUGUGAGCAAGGUAUGAAAGUGUUAAUAUUCGUCGGGAAUAAAGUGCCUUAUAGAAUUCUUACCAGUAUUGUGUAGAAUAGUGAGACAUUGGCAGCAGGUGAUCUACAUAGUGUCACGGAAAUGUCGUAUCUGUCAUAUGACAGAAAUGUUACAUCUGUCAUAUAAAGAAAUGUUACAUCUGUCAUAUAAAGAAAUGUUACAUCUGUCAAAUGACAGAAAUGUCACAUCCGUCAUAUGACAGAAGUGUUACAUCUGUCAGAUGACAGAAAUUUCCAAAUCUGUCAUAUUAUGUCAAAACUGUCACAUCCAUCAUAUGACAGAAGUGUUACAUCCACCAUAUGACAGAAGUGUCACAUCUGUUAUAUGACGGAACGUCAGCUCUGUCAUAGGAAUCUGACAGACACAUUAUACUGUGAUAGCCAUUAUCAAAAUGUCGUCUGUGUGGGUCAAUAUAAAUACCAUCAUGUGUCACUUGUCUUAGGAUCUUUACAUAAAUAUUGAAAGCGAUCAUGACUAACAAAAAUCUGAAUUUAGACAAAAUAGCAUGACAAUUUUUCUUGGCAUUGUUGAACUAGAAAGUUUUAAUACUCUAAUCCAUCACAAAUUCCACUUUACAGAAUCCAAGUUAUCACUUGCCAAUUAAUCUGGCAUGCUGUGCAUAGGUAAAAGAAAAACCAACAUGGAAUCUUUUAGAGUGUACAAUUUGGAAGCAAAACGUGAACACAAUCUGAAAUAAAGCGUUUACUAUACCCUUUUUACUUUACACAGUAUUUUGCAUAGUCUCAUAAUCCAUUUUAGUUGUAUUAUUUGUACAUCAAUAUUCACAAAACUUGGGUGUUUUUUUUUAACCAAGACACAUACACACAGUGGGCUGAAUUGAACAAGGUUACCAAGGAGGAAUUUUGCUUCAGUGAUUGCAAAUUUGUGUUGCUGACCGGUUUCUUAAUCAUUUAUCAUCGUAUAGAAUUAAAGGUUAUAGUUACAUUUGCUUUUGCUGUAAUUUUCAGAAAUGGAUGGAUUUGGGGGUUAGUAUUUUUUUAUAGCAAAUAUUGUUACACUGACCUGUUUUAA